CUCCAUGUAAGGGCAAUGCUUAAUUUUACAUGGACUGAAUGCUGACGCCCUUCUAGAUAAAGAAAGGAAGCAGCCCUACAGUCAGACACAACUCCCUCAACACUCCACCAAAACUCUACUGUGAUUAAGAACUUGCAAUACCCUAAAAUGCCUGGCAAUCGACAAUUAGGCCACCAUGGACACAAUGAUGAAGACGAUGACAUACUUUAUACCAACGAGCUGUGGGGUGGAAGACAUCCUGGAGUUUUCAAAAUUUCAAGUGAGCUCAAUAAAAAUUUACUCAAAAAGGAAACAUGGAAAUGCAAAAGGCGAGUUACAAAGAAGCCAAAGAUGAAACUGGUGUCAGCUGGAGUUGAAAUAGGUGAAACCGUGAAAAUAAUUGACACGAUCGACAGAGAACCAAAUGCCUACACAGAAGGCACGUACGCUCGACAUAAAGGAUAUAAGGCAGGUCUUAAAAAUGAGCCAGGCCAGAGGAUUCCCAAGGCUGGGUAUUACGCAGAAGCAGGAGUUGGACGAGCUCGAGCUGAAUGCAGUGUGUUUGAGGCUGAAGCUAAAGGCCCCAAUGCAUCAAUUGGAGCUGAAAUCAGUGUGGUUGGAGCAGGAGCAAUGGCUCGAGCUGAAAUCGCCAGCGCAUCAGCUAAUGCCGGUCCACUCGGUGUCAAAGUGGGACUUGGACUCGAUACGGGUGCAUCUAUUGGUGUGGAUGGGGUGGAGGCAAAAUUCCUGGGAACAGGAGUCUCAAUCGGUCCAAAAACCAGUGUGUCUGCUCUGGGUUCAGAAGUGUCAUGUUCAGUCAUGUAGAAACAUAAUAAGAACAGGACUCUACCUGUAACAAUGCAAUAAAGUUCAACCUGAAUGAGAACAAAAUGACUGAAGUCCACAGAAGUGUGCUACAGUGAUUUCUUUAGAUCAGUCAUGUCAAACUCAAUUCCUGUAGGGCCGCAACCAUGCACAGUUUAGUUUCAGCCCUGCUUCAACACACUUACUUGUAGGUUUCAAACAGGACUAAAGCACUCAAUUAGUUUGAUCAGGUGUGUUUAAUUAGCGAUGGAUCUAAACUGUGCAGGGCUGGGGCCCUCCAGGAAUUGAGAUUGACAUCCCUGUUCUAGAUAACUGGAUCAUCCCAAAUUCCACUCAUUUACUAUUUUAUGACAUUUUUUAGUAUAAAUAGUAUCAGUAGGGCUGCACAAUCAAAAAAAAAAAAAAAAAAAAAAAAUCGCAAUCUCGAUUCGACCUUACACACGAUCCCAAUUCAGCUUUUCUGUGAUUCAGACAUUUAUAUUUUCAAGGUCAGGAGAGAAGUGUGAAGGCAGUCGCACAAGUCUUCACAUUGUUUUAUAUACGGUGCUUAGUAACAUGGCCACCUCCAAAUGGUGUUAAAAGUGUCACAUCCUGCAUUUAUAAGGUAUAAUUCAACCCAAAAUGUAAUUUCUGCCUUAAUGUAAUGAUGUAUUUGCGGCCGCAAAAUCACACGAGCUGAAGGACUGUUUGCCCACCAAUGAUGUCUACUUUAGUUAACAGAACCUGCAUAGGCUGUGAUUAACAAGUAUUAAAGCUUUGAAUAACGUUCAGCUUGUAGCACAGAGCAAUCGUUAGGAAGCAGUGCGAAGUAGGAUGUGCAUUAUUGUUUUUUUUUUCUCAGUGUGACAGCAGCCAUGACAUGUACUACACUCUGCAGUGAAAGUGAAACCAAAAGCACUUAUUUAAAUGAUCAUAUCGCAUUUGAGUUAUAAUUACGACAAGCAUUUGAUAUAUUUUUUCUUUCAUAGCGAACACAAAGUGUUGUGCAUGCAAAUACAUGUUUACUGAGUCAGUAAACUAUAACUACUCUAUGUAAAGUUAAAUAUGAUGCAAGGGGCAAUCUGAUAAUGGCAAAUGUCUUGUUUUACCAGUGAAAUAAAAUGGUCUGAUAAUGUUGUCAAUAACAAAUGACAAGCAUAUGUCUGAAACAUAAUAAUUCACCUUUAUCAUUAUUAAUAGUUGUAUAUACAAAAAUGUAGCAUUUUACCCAACAUUACAGCUACACAUAGGCCUAAUAUUAUUAUUAUUAUUAUUAUUGUAUUACCAUAUGUUUGAGAAAUAACAAUAAUAGCCUACUCAUAUUAACCUUUAUUUUACAUCUACAGAAUCAGGAGAAAAUCGUGAUCUUG